AUCAUGGCAGCAAAGCCCAAGCUUCAUUACUUCAAUGGACGUGGCAGGAUGGAAGCCACCCGGUGGCUCUUGGCCGCAGCUGGAGUGGAGUUUGAAGAGAAAUAUAUAGAAACUCCAGAAGACUUGGACAAGUUAAAAAAUGAUGGGCUUUUGAUGUUCCAGCAAGUGCCGAUGGUUGAAAUUGAUGGGAUGAAGCUGGCACAGUCCAGAGCCAUUCUCAACUACAUCGCCUCCAAAUACAACCUUUACGGGAAGGACAUCAAGGAGAGAGCCCUGAUUGAUAUGUAUGUAGAAGGUGUGGCUGAUUUGACUGAAUUGAUGUUUCAAGUGCCAUUAUGUCCCCCUGAGGAAAAAGAGGCCAAAAUUGCCCUAAUCAAAGAGAGAACAACAAACCGCUACCUCCCAGUCUUUGAAAAGGCGUUAAAGAGCCACGGACAAGACUACCUUGUGGGCAACAAGCUGAGCAGAGCUGACAUUCAAGUGGUUGAAAUUCUCUACUACGUGGAGGAGCUGGACGCCAGCCUUACAGCCAAUUUCCCACUGCUGAAGGCCCUGAAAACCAGAGUGAGCAACCUGCCCACGGUGAAGAAGUUUCUGCAGCCAGGCAGCCAGAGGAAGCCUCCCCUUGAUGAUAAAGCUUUAGAAAAAGCCAAGAAGAUUUUCAGGAUCAAAUGA